AUGCAUCUUUUCUCCAUCUAUUACAUAGUGCCCGUCACUAUCGCGGCUUGUGCCUCCCUUCUUCUAGUCCCAGCAGCUUUGUCUAUGAUGGCCGACCGAAAGUCAAUCACUUAUACAUUUGAGCUGAUGGACGAUUACAAACAAUCCAAUGAUACGGUGACCAACAUCGUCAAGGAAGACACGGGCGCAGAGCAUUGGAAGAGCACUCGCACCAUGAUCCCUACAUGCUAUCCCCCACCUAUGACCCUCCAGGCCAUCGAGAAGCUGAAGGAAAUCAAAGGUGUGGUUGUGGAAGAUCUGCCAGAGGAGUUGUGA